GCGAGCACGUAUCCUGGUCCACUGAACAAGGAAAUUGGGGGAAAGAAAAUGGGAUAUUUGUAGUGAAAUUGAUUUUUUGUUAGCGUGGGGUCGUUGUGCAUGUUAGAAUUCUUUAAAUAGGCCAGAGUCUUGGCUGUAGGGACAGUUACUUUGAUCUAUUUUUGUUUUCGUCCCUUUUCAGAGGAAUGCAUGCUAAUAUAAGCUAGCUCUCCGUACGACAACAAACGUAGCGGUGUUGUAGCAUCAUUCCCUAACGUUAGCAUCGCUAACGCGGCCACUCCUUCAGGUUAAAAAGCUGUCGGAAUGGCUUUACCAGAGACAGAGAAUGGGUGCUCCGGUGGCGAAGGGGGCGAAUCUGAUGCCAUUGUAAAAACAUUCUUAUUGGGGGGCUUCAGUGAGAGUCGUGAGACCAAAGCUCUGCUCUCCUCCCUGCCUCAGGUCCAUGGUGACCCCGUGCAAAGCGAGUCCGUCAUACAGAGAUUCCUGGUUAUCAUGAACAGAUAUCAAGAACAACCUAAUCUCUUGGAUCCGCAUUUAGAAUGGAUGUUGGCUAUGAUACUGGAGUUUAUACGGAGUGAGUCAUCUCCCCCUUCAUUGGUUCAUUUGGGCUUCAAGUUUCUCUACAUCAUCUGUAAGGUCAGAGGCUAUAAAAUCUUCAUGCAGCUUUUUCCACAUGAAGUGGCUGAUGUCCAGCCUGUUCUGGACCUGCUGUCCAGGCAAGAUCCCAAAGACACCGAGACAUGGGAAACUCGCUACAUGUUGCUCUUGUGGCUGUCCAUGACCUGCCUAAUACCAUUUGACCUGUAUCGUCUGGAUGGGGAUCUGGAGUCAGACAGUGGUAAGGUCAGAGAGCCCAUCAUGGACCGCAUUCUAGCUAUUGCAAAGUCUUACCUGCUUGUUAAUGAUACUCCCAGGGAUGCUGCAUCUGUACUGGUUUCAAAGUUCAUGACACGCCCUGAUGUGAAACAAAAGCGCCUUGGGGACUUUUUGGACUGGAGCCUCACCACUAUAUCUGAAACCAAUGACCAUUCAAUGAGGGACAUCAUGGUGCUGGAUGGAGCUCUACAGUCACUGGCGAAGCUUUUCAAACAUGGAAAACGAGAUGACCUGCUCCAGUACGCUCCUACAGUCCUUCAUUGCCUGGAGAAGAAACAUCUGUCAGAGAGCAGUCAGGCCAUGCUGAGGAAGCUUGGUGUCAAACUGACCCAGAGACUUGGCCUCACUUUUCUAAAGCCACGUUUGGCUGCUUGGAGGUACCAAAGAGGCAGCCGCUCCCUUGCAGCAAACCUGUCCAUGUCCCAAACUGCCACAGCCACUGCUGCUAUCACUCCAGAGGUGGAGAUGCAGGAUCAGGAGGAGGACUAUGACAUUCCUGAGGAAGUGGAAACUGUUAUUGAACAUCUUCUGGUGGGACUUAAAGAUAAGGAGACAAUUGUUCGCUGGUCUGCAGCUAAAGGCAUUGGGAGGGUGACAGGGAGGCUCCCCAAAGAGUUGGCAGAUGAGGUGGUUGGAUCAGUGCUGGACUGCCUCAGCUUUCAGGAAACGGACAAUGCUUGGCACGGGGGCUGCCUUGCAUUGGCUGAGCUUGGUAGGAGAGGCCUGCUGCUGCCUUCCAGAUUAACAGAUGUUGUGCCACUCAUCAUCAAAUCCCUGACCUAUGAGGAGAAGAGGGGAGCUUGCAGCGUUGGCUCUAAUGUGCGUGACGCUGCCUGUUAUGUAUGCUGGUCUUUUGCCCGGGCUUAUGAACCCAAAGAGCUUGAGCCUUUUGUCAAUCAGAUUUCCAGCGCUUUACUGAUCGCAACUGUGUUUGACCGAAACGUCAACUGCCGCAGAGCUGCCUCUGCUGCCUUCCAGGAAAAUGUUGGGAGACAGGGCACAUUUCCUCAUGGCAUUGACAUCUUAACUACUGCAGACUACUAUGCUGUAGGGAACCUUAACAAAUGCUAUCUGAACAUAAGUGUCUACAUAGCCAGUUUCCCAGAGUACACCAAGGCCAUGAUCGAUCAUCUGAUUACCAUGAAGAUUAACCACUGGGAUGUUGCAAUUCGAGAGCUCUCCUCUAAAGCGCUCCACAACCUGACGCCUCAAGCACCUGAUUACAUGGCAGCAACAGUGUUACCAGAGCUGUUGCCCAUGGCAGUGGGCAUUGACCUCCAUGCUCGCCAUGGAGCCAUCCUGGCAUGUGCAGAGAUUAUGCACGCCCUCUACAAACUCGGCCUUCAGACCAGCAGGGUUGUUGUAGACAUGAUUUCUUCAGAAUGUGUGGAUGCAUUGAAAAACAUUCACCAGAUGCUGCAUGACAGGAAACAGUACAGGGGUUUUGGUGGAGAGCUUAUGCGGCCUGCAAUGUUCAGUCUCAUAGAAAAGCUGUCCAUGUCUAAAAUGCCUUUCAAGAAUGAGCCAGUUAUAACUGGUUGGCAGUCUCUUAUAGACGACACCAUAAAGACUCUUCAUUUUGUUUCAAGUGGAGCAAAGGAUGGCAUUAUGUUUGCAGCGGUGUCAGCCUUGUCUGCCUUGUGUGAGGAGUACUACCAGGCUGAACCAGGCCAGGCUGAUACACAAAUGCAGGAUGUGUUGGUGUCUCAGUACAUCGAAGGGCUGACGAAUCCUCAGAUCCCCACUCGAUGUGGAUCUGCCCUCGCUCUUGGGUGUCUGCCUAGAUUUAUGAUCCACAGCAAACUGAAGCAGAUCCUUGAAGGCCUUCAGCAGAUGUGCAGAGUCAGCCAGAAGGAGGGGAAUUUUACUGAGGCAAGAAGAGAUGCAAUCAAAGCUAUUUCUCAAGUAUGUAUGAAGGCGGGUGUCUGCGCCCUCGGCUCCCCAGAUUCUUUUCUCUGCUUAGAGAAUGUGUCAGAGGUCUACAGGACUCUGCUCAACAGCAUGAAUGACUACACCACUGACAGCAGAGGCGACGUAGGGGCCUGGGUAAGAGAGGCAGCAAUGACCAGUUUGAUGGAAGUGACUUUGCUGGUGGCUGGCAGUGCUCCAGAGAUCCUCUCACCUGACCUGGUGAAAUGUACAAUGUGCUGCCUGGCCCAGCAGGCAGCAGAGAAGAUUGAUCGCUACAGAGCUCAUGCUGGAAGCAUCCUCCUUCACCUGCUGCACAGUACAGACCCUGCAGUACCUCACAUCCCCCACAGAGAGGAGCUGUUGAAUAUUUUUCCUGUUGAGACCCUAACCAGCCUGAACUGGAAUGCUCCAUCCCAGGCUUUCAAGUAUAUCACCCAGCUGCUCAGACUGCCUCAGUAUCAGCAUCACACCCUGUUGGGCCUCACCGUGUCUGUAGGAGGGAUCACAGAGUCCACAGUGCACUUUUCUUCCCAGUGGUUAUUUGACUAUCUGAGAGGGAUCCAGCGGGACAGCACAGCUCUGUCACAGUUUGGAGAGUCAUUGCUGAGUGUCUUCAGAGACAAUCUGAAAAAUGACAGGGUGUCCAUUCCUUUUCUUAAGAUGCUCAACCAGAUGCUGGCUAACAGCUGCUUUGAAAUCUUCACCACACAAGAGAAUCAUCCCUUCUGUGUGGACCUUUUGGCUCUUUGCAAAGAGUCAAAGAAGGCCAAAGAUAUUUCCAAGCUGCAGGCCUGUAUAUCUGUCUUUUGUGGGCUGAUCCAGUUCCAGGGUGAUGUGAGGAAGAAAGUUUUGUCCCAGCUGCUGAUGCUGCUCUGCCAUCCUUUUCCAGUGAUCAGGAAGACCACAGCCAGCCAAAUGUACGAGAUGCUGUUGUACUACGAUGAUGUCAUAGAUCCAGAGGUGCUGGAUGAAGUCACAACUAUACUCAGUGACACUAACUGGGAGAGUGACGUUGCUACAGUACGAACCCACAGGAAUCAGCUUUGUGAUUUGUUGGGAGUCCCCAAGCCACAAAUUAUUGCCAAGAACACCGCUCCUGUUUCCUGAUCACCUGUGACUUGGCUGUAAAAACAGAAAUAACAUUUAGGAAUGACAUGCUCCUAGAAUAAAGACCUAACUGGGUGCCACUCACCUGAAGCUGCCUUGUAUCAGUUUCUCAUAAAACAACAACAGCAACAACAAAAAAACACUUAUAACCUAAAAUAUGUAAUUUCUGUAGUGUGUAAGGUAUGUUGACGAGAACGCUGAUGCUUAACUGUAUAGGUUUCUACAGUAACACUAAGGAACUGAAGAUGUGCAUAAUUCAUAGAUUUAAUGGACAGCACUUAACUAAACUAAACACCACCAAUAGCCCUAGAUACAGUAUAGAAUGGAAAUAAUGAAAAGGCAAAAAAAAAAAAAAAUUCCAAGUGACAUACAUUUUAAACAUUUCAAUGGAGAUUCAAUGUGAAAACAUACACUAUAUUGGCAAAA